GCACCCCUCCGGCGCUGCCUGUCUGGCUGCUCCCUCCCCUCCCGGGCCGGGAAGAUGGACCCCGGCCCGCCGCUGGGCUGCAACCUCAAGGACGUGAAGUGGAGCGCGGUGGCCGUGCCCCUGGACCUGCUCGUCAGCACCUACCGGCUGCCCCAGAUCGCCCGGCUGGACAGCGGAGAAACUAUAGAAGGUCUUCGGGAGAGCGAUUAUCUUCUGAUUCAUUCGUGCCGGCAGUGGACAACCAUCACAGCUCACAGUCUGGAGGAGGGUCACUACGUCAUAGGGCCAAAGAUAGAAAUCCCUGUGCAUUAUGCAGGGCAGUUUAAGCUGCUGGAGCAAGACCGAGAUAUUAAGGAGCCAGUGCAGUAUUUUAACAGUGUGGAGGAGGUGGCUAAAGCAUUUCCUGAACGAGUUUACGUCAUGGAGGAAAUAACAUUCAACGUUAAGGUUGCUUCAGGUGAAUGCAAUGAAGACACUGAAGUUUACAACAUUACCCUUAGUACUGGGGAUGAGCUCACUUUAAUGGGGCAAGCAGAAAUCCUUUAUGCAAAAUCUUCUAAGGAGAAGUCACGGCUCAACACCAUCUUCAAAAAAAUCGGGAAGCUUAAUUCAAUUAGUAAGCUAGGCAGAGGCAAAAUGCCCUGCCUCAUCUGCAUGAACCACAGGACCAACGAGAGCAUCAGUCUCCCUUUCCAGUGUAAGGGCAAGUUCAGCACCCGCAGCCCGCUGGAGGUGCAGAUGCAGGAAGGCGAGCACACGAUUCGCAAUAUAGUAGAAAAAACCAGGCUGCCUGUGAACGUGACUGUGCCGAGUCCUACACCAAGAAACCCUUAUGACCUGCAUUUCAUCCGUGAGGGGCACAGGUACAAGUUUGUCAACAUUCAGACCAAGACUGUGGUAGUUUGCUGCGUGCUUCGUGGAAACAAAAUCAUUCCCAUGCAUUUUCCCUUGCACUUGACACUUCCGAAAUUUAUUCUACCCGACAGCGUGGUGAAGGGGGAGCUGUGGCACGAGCCCCUCAUCCAGCACUGGUUUAACGUAUGCCAGGAGCAGUUUGACAUAGACGAGUACUCGCGUGCCGUGCGGGACGUGAAGACCGACUGGAACGACGACUGCAAGAGCCCGAAGAAGAGCCGGUGCGCGGGGCACAGCCACGUGCCCAGCUCCCUCAGCUACGCGCGGGACGAGCUCACGCAGUCCUUCCACCGGCUCUCCGUCUGCGUCUACGGCAACAACCUGCAUGGCAACAGCGAGGUGAACCUCCACGGCUGCAGGGACUUGUGUAACGAGUGGGCCCUGUUCUCUCACGACGCUCUUCAGUACCAGGAGUCCGGGGACAGUGGCAGUGAUUACCUUUUCCCUGAAGUUAGCGAAGAAUCCAUGUUUCUGCCCACGAAACCGGAGCUUCCUUACGAAGAGCUCUGGUUGGACCAGGGGUCUGGAAAGGGUGGUGAUCAGCCUCUCUCGUGCUCGCUGAGUGAGAAGAGCAAGUGUGACAACUACAGAGGAUCCUUCCGAUCAAAGUGUGGCACCGCGCCUCUUCCUGUGCCUGCAACUAUCGGAACAACCACAAAGUCUUCAGAUGUUUCCCUACCUCCACCUCCAGUGCCUCCCAAAUCAGAAGCAGUGAAAGAGGAAUGCAGGCUCCUCAACGCUCCCCCGGUGCCGCCACGGAGCUCAAAGCCGUCCUCCACCAGCCCUUCCAUCCCUCCUCGCACGGCCAAGCCUGCCCGACAGCAGACCCGCUCUCCCAGCCCCACUCUGUCCUACUACUCUUCAGGGCUGCACAACAUUAAUGUCACAGAGAGCGACAACACCAACCUGACUGAGAGCACACCUGUUUCCUGCUACCCAUGUAACAUGAUAAAAACUGAAUCCAAAGAGCCUGACAGCACAAUGCCUUUGGGAAGCCCCUCAGCUGAAGCCCUGCCUUCGAGGUUAUCUUGGCCAAACCAUUUUUCAGGAACUGCUGAAGGCCUGAAUAGGAGUGAUUUCCUGCUUGAUCCAAGCAGGAGCUACAGUUACCCCAGACAGAAGACUCCAGGUACGCCAAAGAGAAACUGUCCAGCACCUUUGACUUUUGACUUUGAUGGAUGUGAGCUCCCAACAGGGUACUCCCCGCUGACUCCAACAGAGUUCACAAACACCAUCUCCAGCUGUCCAAAGUCAGCAAGUUACUCUCUAGACUGCACUGAUGAGAAAACUCUGGGAGUCGCCAACACAAAGCAGAGCCAUUCGUGUCCUGCCUUACCUCCUCGGGCACCGAAGCCAAGCGAAGAUAAGACAGUUACAGACAUGUGUCCCUUGCCACUGAAAAUAGAUGGUGCCGAGGAGGAAUCAAAAGCUGGCUCUCCAGCCGCCUUGGAAGAUCAGUAUCUGGCUAAAAAGGGCAUGCAGGAUACGUUCUCUGUGUCUUACCCCUUCUCAUCUCCCCUCCACCUCCAGUUAGCGCCAAGGUCUUGUGGGGAUGGCUCUCCCUGGCAGCCGCCCACAGACCUUUCUGGACUCUCCAUAGAGGAAGUGUCUAAAUCGUUGAGGUUUAUUGGUCUGUCAGAAGAUGUCAUAUCAUUUUUUGUCACAGAGAAGAUUGAUGGCAAUUUAUUGGUUCAGCUUACAGAAGAAAUCCUAUCAGAAGACUUCAAGCUAAGCAAAUUGCAGGUUAAGAAAAUAUUACAGUUCAUUAAUGGCUGGCGGCCCAAGAUGUGACGCUGGCUAGUUUUUAGUGAAACUGUACUUGAUACAUUUGAGCUAAUACAUCACUUCCUGGUUUUUUGCACUAAAAAUCAUUCUUGUAAAUAGUAGUAGAAAAAUUCUUACUAUGCAGAUAAACAUUUUUCAGUGGUGAAUGGACUUUUUUUUUCUAUGUCAAUAAUAAAGGUAGAGAAUCUGCAGAGGUGUGCCUUUGUGCAUCCCUGAACAUUCAACAGCUGCUAAAAACAGGACACUAAGGGAACUUUGACUCCAUAGUCUGUUAAGACUUAGUCGUAUUUAUUACUGAAUGAUUUGAUGCUGAAAGACACACACCAAUCCAGUUUACAGUUUUGUGUUAACUGCAAAAAAAAGUAUUUCUUACGGGAUUAUUUCUGUUCACAUAAUAUUUGGCAACAUGCUGUGACUUGCAGAUAUACAAAAGCAUUGGUUUUGACACUACAUCUGAAAAUGUUAAGAAUUGCUGUGAAGUGCCACUAAUACACUAUUCUUGCAGCAUUAUUUUUAUUAACAGUAUCUUCCUGACUAUCUGUAACGUGGAUGCAUUUUCCAUGUUACUUUGAGCAAAAAAGAGUUAAAUGUUUUUAAACCAAGAGUCAAGCUUAGCUCGUUGCCCAGAGGGGAGGGAGAAGGGGGAUUUUCUACUGAGCCACUCUGCCCUGGCCAAUUAAAAGUUUAUGACCUGUAGAUUUCAAAAGUUGCUUUUGUAGUUGGAUGACUGGAGUAAAUAGCAUGACUUCUGGUCGUGCAGCUUUCUCAUGGGAAAAGCAAUUCAGUGCACAGGCUCUUUUCUCAGCAGAUCCUGCCUGCUGCAGCAGCCUGCUAGCACAGCCCCUGCAGGAGCCCUGCUGUGGUGAAAGGUAACAACUCCUUGUGUUUCUUCUGCUGCUGUUCUGAUUGUCUGAAAAUGUGCUUGGUCUGCUCUGCUGUUCCUGUGGUCAGACCUGUGUGGGAAGGUGACAGUGCUCCUGUGUCAUGCCUUUGAAAUGAAGUGCUGGCAAGGUGGGAGGGAUCGGAAACAGAGCAUGGCAUGGGAGCUUUUGGGCCAUGCCACAGGAAAUGCCUGUGAUCUUUUCAGUUCACCUGUCUUGUUUGCAGUGGGCUAGGGCGAUGUGGGUGUCAGAGUGGGAGGGGUGUAGCAUCAAAGGCUGUGCUAAUUCAGUUGCCCAGCUGCAAAAACUCACUGCAGUACAUGUCACAUGGAAGCAGCAGUUAAAAGGGAGCACAGAGAUGGUGAGUGGGCAUUAGUCUGCCCCCUGCGACAUCUCAAAUUUAACUGCUCAAAAGGCUAGGAGUAGCAUUAACUUUUGAUCAUCCAUUGUGGAUUUCUUGUAGUUGAUAGAGCUCUCUGAAAUGUGUCUAAAUAACCCCAGGAUCCCCCUGCCUUUAUAUACUGGAUUUGUGGAGGUCCUCAGGAAACAGUCUGUGGUAUCCCUUCCUCCUCAGUGCACAUGCCCAGGAUCCUCAGGUGAUCAGAGCUAGGAAUGUUAGAGCAACUUUACCUUCACUUACUGCUGAGCAGAGCCCUGGCCAAGAGAACACCAUCACCUGCCUUGCUUACCUUUUUGAUGUGUUAAAAAAUAUCUCCAUUGGUAGGGCAUGUAGUUGGGAGCAUCAAGAGAAAAUACAGAGCAGAGACAAAAAUGCUAGAGUUGCCUGUUUUCUCAACCAUAUUGACUCAUUAAAGAGAAUUUAUUAGCAAAUAGAGCUGUCUGUUGUUGGGACACAUUUCAUGUCAUGUUGCCAUGCUGAAGCCAAGAUGCAUUAUUUGUCUUCCAGUAAUGCAAACCACCAGUUCCCACCUAGAAAGCAAAGCCCAGUUGUUGUGGGUACUAUAGAGCCAAUAAAUAUCCCAAUAAAAAAUUCCCCAAGAGUUUAUAAUCCUGUUUUUUGUAAUGUAUUGACUUUAAACAACAGAUCAAUAUUUUUCUCCAAAUGCUUUUUAAUUAGCAUUCUAAAAUAUUUUAGCUUCAAAUAAGACUGGAGCAAAUUCAGAUACUGUUUAGAUGUGUAUACUUGUUGGUAGACCACAUGCAAGUCAAAACCAACUGCCUUUUAAACUUCACUGUGUCAAAUGAGUGUUCAAAUAUGAAAGGGCCAGAUCUUUAAUGUCAGGUACCUUGUUUUGCUCAGCUUGUUAAUUCCAGGUAAAAAACCCCAAAAUAUCUCAAAAAGAAAAUACUACAAUCUGGAUAAUAUUAACACAAUAACACCCCCCAGAAUAUUAACAUCCCUGAGAAAGUAGUCUUCUUUCACUGUGGAUUCAUACCUAUUCUAUUAUCUCUGCUUACCUGCUUGAGGUGGUUAUUCUUGCAAAGAGACUGGUGGAAUUUGCAUUCAUGACCAUGCUGCAUUAACAUCCCAUGUGCAUAAACCAAAAUAGAACUGGCUCACAGAAAGGCCUAGAAAUGUGCAUUGAUUGCAGAAGCUGAUCCUGUGUGCCAAAGUACAGCUGAAACCUCUAACUGCAGACUUGCUAUUGAUGGCCUUCCAGUUGUCUCAUUCUGCUUGGCACUUCUUGCUUACUUUUAUGCAUAAUGUAUUAGCAUUUAACUUUUUCUUUUGCCCUUAGCCACUCAUUGCCUUCCCUUUCCAAGCCAUUUUUGGGGAUUUAGGUGUUCCUGACAUUUGUGUUCUGUGAAUUAUAUGGUUCCAGUGUCAGUCUGCCUGCUGUGGUACCCAAGCUGAACUGAAGUGUCUGCUCUGGUGGAAUCAGCAGAGUGAUGAGCAAACUGGGUGUGUGGAGUGUUGUGGCUCCGCCUUUGGAUCCUUGGUUAUGGAAAGGGCUACCUUUCAAUAGGUAGCCAGGCUAUGGCAGCUCCCAAGCACAGCACUGAGGUUGGCAGUGGGGAAAACCAAUCUGAUUUUGGGAAGUAAUGGAGUCCAGCCAUGUUGAUGGGAGUUGUGUUGAUUGUCUUUGGGGCCUGAGAGCUCUAACAAUUGAGCAUUGUGCCAGAGUGGGCCUAAAAUCACUUACAUUUUCGAGGCAGUCCACUAAAAUAGGCCAGUUCUAACCUUGGAUUUCUUUCUUCAGAUUAAAUAAAUGUAUGGCCUCUGGUGCUUACUUGAU